AUGGCUUCUGUCGACCCGAUAAUUGCUUCAACCGUGGCUGCUGCCUCCACUUCUCAACUUGCUUGGGACUCCCUGCACCUGCUCGCCACUGCCGGUGCUACAGUCACCAACGAUGAGUUGGUUGUGAAAAUACUGAGUGGUCUUGGGUCAGAUUUUCGUGAGAUUUCAGCUGCAAUUCGAGCUAGAGAUUCCAUCAUCUCAUAUGAUGAGUUGUAUGUGAAACUAAUUGACUAUGAACUCUUCCUCAAGCAUGAGGAAUUGAAGAAAGAACCUCCUGCAAUAACUGCUGCAAUGGUCACUCACAACAGAUCCCCCAAUUCCAAUAACCGCACUGCUCGUCGACCCAACAACAACUCACAAUGGCGUCCCAACAAUCGUCCAAAUGCUCCUGCACAAGGGUGUUACACCAAUAACCAUGUUCGAUGUCAGCUUUGUAACAAACAGGGUCAUACUGCAAACGUUUGCAGGUCACAGUCUCACAAUCAUUUAGAGGCAAAGGCAAAUUUUCUUUCGAGUAACCACGCUCAGCAAACCAAUGGAUUGUAG